UAGUGUUUACCUCCGCUCUGAGUCUGACAGCACCGAUGCUGCUCACUGGCUUUUCUAGUUACCAACUGGAGCCCAGCAUAUAUCCAGCAGUGCAUGCAUCGGAACGUCAACAUAUACCGACACAAACCCAGCAUAGUUCUCCAGACAAGCACCGGAGAUUGUCUCCAGCUUUGGACAGUGUUUAUGUUCGCGGCGGUGGGGCUGGACACUUCCUCGCUCCUAAUCUGAGGGUGCCGUCACCGGGAGAUUGAGUGUCUGGUUAACACAUGAUGUUCAAGGACUACAGAUCUGGCCGAGCGUUAGCCAAAGGCGAACCGCUCCAGCCAGGGGCAUCGCUGGUGUCCGUGAGAGGAGGGAACUAGCUCACCUUUGUAAAGGUGAAUCAUCUGUCAAACACCUACAGCUCCAUUACCACCAAAUAAAUGAUAGCCGCAGAUGGGAACGAGGCAACAUGGUCUAAAUCCGCUGCCCUUCGACCCCGCCACGAACAACGAACCAUUGCAAUUCAACAGCUCCAAUGGUCCUCUGCUUUCUGACUGUCCUCUGGAAAACGGAACAGAAAACAGCAAAAAGAGAAAGAGACCCAACCUUCCUCCAGAGGGGCUCCGAAAUAUUGCCAUGGACUCCAACUCUUUAGCGAUGCCCAUGUCGGACCCUAAUGCUUGGGCUACUGCCAUGAACAACCUCGGAAUGGCCCCCAUGGGCAUGACUGGCCAACCUAUCAUGUCAGAUUUUGACCCCAGUCUUGGCAUGAUGACUGGCAUUGCUCCAAUGAACCCCAUGAUGCCCGGCCUUGGGAUUGUGCCCCCGCCAGUUUCGCAAGACAUGCCCAUUGUGAAGGAAAUCAUCCACUGCAAGAGCUGCACACUUUUUCCGCCCAACCCCAUCCAUACUGAACGCAUCUACCCACCCAAGAUCGUAUCCAAAUCCGCUUGGCUCGCUUGUUCUUUUGAGACUCAGCACACAGAGUCACUUCAACAAGACCUGCCUCCCCCUGCCACCAGAGAGAGACCUCCCGGCUGUAAGACAGUGUUUGUCGGCGGUUUGCCAGAGAACGCAACAGAGCAGCUCAUUGUGGAGGUGUUUGAACAGUGCGGAGGUAUCAUCGCCAUCCGCAAGAGCAAGAAGAACUUCUGUCAUAUCCGUUUCGCCGAGGAGCACACAGUGGACAAGGCCCUCUUCCUGUCAGGUUAUAGGAUCAGGCUGGGAUCAAGCACAGAUAAGAAGGACACAGGCCGGCUGCAUGUAGAUUUCGCUCAGGCUCGAGAUGACCUGUACGAGUGGGAGUGCAGACAGCGCAUGCUGGCCCGGGAAGAGAGGCACCGUCGCAGGAUAGAGGAGGACCGUCUACGGCCCCCUUCACCGCCCCCCAUCGUUCAUUACUCUGAGCACGAAUGCGGCCAGUUAGGAGAAAAGCUCAAAGACGACUCCAAAUUUCCCGAGGCGGUGCGUGUCCUGCUGACCUGGGUGGAACGAGGGGAGGUAAACCGCAGAAAUGCCAACAACUUCUACUCGAUGAUCCAGUCCUCCAACAGCCACAUUCGUAGGCUAAUGAACGAGAAGGCCUCUCAUGAGAAGGAGAUGGAGGAGGCCAAGGAGAAGUUCAAGAACGCCCUUUCUGGGAUUUUAGUACAAUUUGAGCAGAUUGUGUCUGUAUUCCACGCUGCUACCAAACAAAAGGCAUGGGACCAUUUCUCCAAAGCCCAACGCAAGAACCUGGACAUGUGGCGAAAGCAAGCAGAGGAGAUCAGAAACAUCCACAAUGAAGAGCUGAUGGGAAUUCGGAGGGAGGAGGAAAUGGAGAUGUCAGAUGAUGACAUGGAGGACGCCCCAGAAAGCAAAGAUUCAGAUGAUUCAGGGCCGCUGGCUCAGGUGGAGGCUCUGAAAGAGGAGAACGACAGUCUGCGGUGUCAGCUGGAUGCCUACAGGAACGAGGUGGAGCUUUUGAAACAGGAGCAGGGUAAAGCGCAGCCCCAGCGCAGCGAGGAGGAUGCCACCCGCCAGCAGCAGCUCAGCUUCCUGCAGCAGGCUCUGCAGGGCAUGCAGAAGCAACUGCUCAAGCUUCGUGAGGAUCUGAAACAGAGAGAGAUGGAGCUGGAGAAGAACUCAGAGGAAAAACAACAGCUCGAAAGCCAGAUCCAAAGUCUAAAAGAUCGGAUUCAAGCUUUCCCCACAUCACACGCUCUGCCCCUGGAGACGGCCAAGCAGGAGGACAGAGGAAGCGAUGAAAGUGCAAAUCACGCCAGCGAGGCGGCGGCAUCGGCCGUGGUGUCCUGCAGCCAGGAGAAGGAGAGCCUGCCGGAGAAGGGUCCUCCCAGCCCAGUGAAGUCCGAGAGAGAGGCUCUGCUCGUGGGAAUCAUCUCAACGUUUCUUCACGUCCAUCCUUUUGGAGCCAGCAUUGAAUAUAUCUGCAGCUAUUUACAGCGGCUGGACACUAAGAUCAGUACCACAGAAGUGGAGACUCUUUUGGGUCGGCUGCCCUGCACCUUCAAGCAGGAGUUGACGGGUGUCGGAGCUAGUUUGGAGAAACGCUGGAAGUUCUGUGGGUUUGAGGGCAUUAAGACGGCGUAGAGACACGGGUUGAGCUUCUCGCUAGAAACAACACGGCCGAUGGACCCGAGGGGUUACAACCAAUCACCUGCCAGCUCUCCGUGUCCAUCCAUCCAGCCCCAUGGGAUUUAAAUCUCAGAAAACACUUGGAGACCUGGAGAACCUCAAGACUUUGGUGUGUGUAGUAUGUUUUAGUAUGUGUACACACGAGCACAUGUCGGAGUGUGUGUACAAACCACACAACGUGACUCUGAGCUGCUGCGGCGACAAAAAGCGCAUCGGGUAAAAAUCAGGGUCUGCUGAACCGAGGACUUGAACUGUCAACAUACAUUUUCUUUUUCUCGUUUCACCUCUAAUUUGUAAAAAAGAAAAACCUUAUAAAUAACAUGAAUAUAUUUCUUUUCUCUUCUGUAUAGGCUGCAGAAACAGUUGCAUAGAAUCUUUUGUUCACAUAUCCUGUAAAUGUUUGAAUAACUUGCUAUUUUUAAAUAAAAAAACAACAACAAAAUA